GCAAAGAAGGAUUUCCUUCAAGAAAUUACAUCAGAGAAAAAGAACAUGAGCAGAUUUGGAUGAAGAAAGGGUGUGAUGUCAAGGAUAUCAAAUUUAACAAAGAUGGGAAAGAUAAAGCGCAAACUAAGCUGACGAGGAUAACAAAGAAAUCCUUGAGUACAGCCAGACCUCUGCAGAAGCCGCUCACAGAGCCUUACGGAAAGAGAAACCCAAGAAGCAAGCCUGCAACACAGCAGCGAGAGCAGAAGUCAAAGGUGAUUGCAGACCCGGAUGCCAUUAGUUCUGCUGAACCAGUGUUGCAAGGUGAAGACUAUCUCAGAAGAGUGUAUGGGAAGGCACUUUAUCAGGGCCAUCGCAGCACAUCUAAAAAAGGUCCUUAUCUGAGGUUUAACUCUCCCGCUCCUAAAGCCAAGCCUCAGAGACCUAAAAUGGUUGAGAAUACGAAGGGUGUCAAGGUGAAGUCAGCCAGAACCCAAACCAAUCCCUUUCCAGUCAAGACAGUGGUGAGCAGCCCAACUAUACAGCGACCUUUCUCUGCCCCACUUCUUCCAAGCAACCAGUACCUCUUCAGCCCAUCCAAUGAGAUGGCGUCUUCAUCAGCCAUUUCAGGCCCAGUUGAAGGACAUCUGCUCCCAAUGGCCAUCCCCCUAGGUGAGCCACGGAUCGAUGGUGGCGUUCUACAACCCGCAAGGCUGCUCAUCAGCGGGGCCCAGCCUGUCACACUAACUACUUCGAUUCCCCCCAAACCACAGCUUCGGGUCAGAAAGCCCAAUGCGGCAGUUGUGCAUGUGAAAUCUGAGAAGAAGUCCCUGCCAAAGCUUUGUGUACAGGUGUUACCAAAUGUAGACAUUGACAGCCUUCCAAGUGACAGCCCCAGUGCAAGCCACCGAUCCUCCAGCCCUGAGCAAAAACAGCUGUCGACCCAGCCCGCACAAUCUCUGAUAAAGCUUCCAGAGGUGAUUCAUGGUGCAGAAGGGGAGGAGGAGCCAGGCUUCCCGGGGAUCAGUUUUAUCGCGGUGACUGAUGUCGUUGAGGAUCAGGACAAUGAAGAUGCACUGCCAGAACCAUCCGAGCCAGGCAUAGAGCUGGAAGGCUUUGCUGGAUCAGUCUCACUCUCUUACCAUGGCACACCAUUCCCUCCCUCAGCUCCUGCCCCUCAGCCUGUUGUUGACAUUGUGGAUAGAAUGAUUCAGCGCAAGGAAUCUAUUGAAAACCAGUUAGUUGAGUGGGUUGAACAAGAACUCAUGUCCCAGAUCAUUAGCGAGAUGUACCCUUUCCAGCCAGCGCCUGUGCCACACGUCAGCAACCGGGACGAAAGUGAGGAGAGUUUGGAUUCAGCAUCGGACAUCGUUGAAGCUGCUGGUGGAAGCGGACUCCAACUUUUUGUAGACGCGGGAGUUCCUGUGGACUCGGGAUUGGUUCGGCAGUUUGUAAACGAAGCCCUUGCGGAGAUUGUUGCCAUCAUGCUGGGACAGCGAGAGAGUCAGAGCACAGAUCCUGUGCAGGAAGGUGCCAUAGGACAAACACCUUCACCAGAGGUGCUUGUCCCAACGCCAGUUCCCACCCCCCGGCACACUCCCUCACCGCCUGCCAAAGGCUCUCCCACAAUCCAAACCCCAGAACUCACACCCCAGGGGUCUGUGGCUGUGUCCGAAGAGAGGGAGCCAGAGUCCGAAACGGAAUUAAAAUCUCUGGCAGAACUGUCGCCAGUGGAGUCUCCAGCAAAAGUGAGUCCUGUUGGCACUCCUGCUGUCACCCCUGUACCUACACCCUCCAGAGUAUCCACACCUUCACUAGUAACAACCAAAGAUGCCUGCCAGGUACCUUCACCGCAGCUUCCAAACCCGUGGGGAGAUGCAGAGCUCCCUCUGGAGGAGGAAAACCCCAACUCACGACCAGAAACAUCACUGCAACCAAGAGCUGUUUGCAUGUCAGUGGCCAAGGACGAGGAACCAGAGUCCUUGAUUCUACCACCUUGUCCAGUGGUAGCUGUACCUGAGAAAAGCCCAUCAACCCCUCCACAGGCCCGGACCACUCCCCCAUCCACCGAGGAAAGUAGCUCAACAAUCUCCACUGAAACUGCUGACCGGAACAUCUCUGAAGGGGAGGUGCUGAUAAGCUAUGGGCAGAUAGCUGCAGCAAAAGCCUUUUUAGAAGGAGGGCUACCCCUACCGCACCUCAACGAAAGCCUGUCGAGCACCCUCCGUGAUGCUCAGGAAAUGGAUGAAGAUUCCCCAAGUGAAGGGCAAGUGAUCAGGGCUCCACACAGAGGAGGAGAGAUGUACUCGUUUGGCACACUCUUAGCCAAUAUGAAUCGAGGCCCAUUCGCUCCACAGGAAAUAUAUCACCCAGAGAACUCUGAUGAUGAAAAUAGUGCCGGGCAGAUCAGUGAGGGCCAGAUGCCACAACUUACUGCGGCAACAGAGCGCAUACUAACUGGACAUUCACAGUACAUGAAUCCCUUUGCAGUGAAUAGACAUGGCACGUCCAUCCAAAGAAGAAGACGGUUAACAUCACCAGGGCAGCUUGGUUCUCAGACAGGAAGAAGUGAAAGAUUAUCGGAAGCCAGCUAUGGCCCCAUGAGUCUUGCUGAAUUGGAGGCACAGACAGUCUUGGCACCUCGCACCAGACAGGUUAUCGUGGCUCCACAGAAGACAGGAGUUAGGGGACAGGGCGAUGAAAUCGCAGGGACUGAACAAAGACCAGCAAUUACACAUCUGCUGCUGGUCGAACCUGCAACCUUAAGUCAUUUACAACCAAGUACGCAGGGUGACAUGGAUCAGAUGCGCGUUGAACCAAACAUCUAUCUUGGGUCACAGUUUCCAGGUACAGAGGCUGAAACAAACCUACAGUCAAACCUCCAGGCGUCUCCUCUGAAAAUGUCCGUAACUCUACCUUCCAUGAAUGAAGAAGAGCAGUGUGACAGCAUCAGCACCAUCGAUGGGGAUGACACAUCUGGGGCCGACAUAUUCUGAAUUUCAGAGACAAUUACAAUCUGGAUUCAGUUGCAUCAAACGGGUCAUUUUAACUUUUACCUUUUAAUGCAUUGUUUUGAUAAAUUUCAUUAACCUCUGAAGAGACUAAUGAUGACAGAUAGAAAACAGAAAGUCUUUUGGGAAAAAAUCCCGGUUUGCAUUAUUUUGAUAGCUUGUUUGUAUUUUGAUAGCUUGUGUGUUUUAAUGACCAAUGAAAAAUAAAUCAAAGUAGUUUUCUACAAA